GGGAAGCUCGCCGAGCUUUGUGUUGUACUUGGCAGCAGUUUGUGUCGUGCUUGAAGGGACUGAAGUCUCGCCGCGGCUCAGACUUGAGGAAUGAUAACUUACGAUGGCGAGAGCGCUUCUUCUUCUUCCCGGUUCUCUGGACGGAGGCAGCAGCCGUUGAGCUCACCUCACCUCGCAGGCGAUUUAUCCCCCUCAGCACCGGACGAUCCCAGCCGCCAACUCCUGGGAGGGCAGCUCGGAUAUUCAAGGACAUUUUAACGUUAUCAUAGCUACUUUAGCCGUUUUUUAUUUUUAUUUCUUUAUGUGUAUGGUUUUUUUUAGUCGACUGAGGAAAUACAGCGUGUGCUUCUCCGGCGCAGCGAUGUGGACAGAUUUAGUAAACACUGACUGAUCUCCUGUAACACGCUCGGGGGGCUGAUGAUGCUUCUCUGCGUGUCAUCUUUACGUGUCGUACCCGCGCCCCCUUCCUCCUCUGCUGAAGGGCCACACAAGACAGCGACGUAAAGGAAAUUAGUGUCCGACUUUCGAUACGUCUCUGUCGGUUAUGGCAUCGUUUCCAGAUCUCGUCAAGUGCUGAAGGAAACCCCGCGUUGCUGGAGAAAGUAGCUACCCUCCAAACCCUUCCUCAUCCCCCCCUCUCCUGGAGAAAGGCUGAUAAACUUUGCAUUGCUGGAAGGUGUUAGGGAGAGGGGGGGAGGACCUGCCAAAGGUGCAUCGCUGCUGUGCAUCAGGUUCAGGAGCCAUCAAUGUGGACUUCAGCUGGUGAUUUGACAAGUCUCGUAUAGGAGCAUCCCGAGUCUCUCCUUCCCUCUCUCCCCCUCCCUUUCCCUCUAUCCCUCCCUCCCCCAUUCCCUUGUCAAUCUCCUCCCUGAUCCCCCUAUCCCCCUUCUCCAAGCUUCACCAUGCUCAUCAAGGAGUACCGCAUCCCCAUGCCCAUGAGUGUGGAGGAGUACCGCAUCGCCCAGCUUUAUAUGAUACAGAAGAAGAGCAGAGAAGAGAGCUGUGGUGAAGGCAGUGGGGUGGAGAUCCUAGAAAACAAGCCGUAUACAGAUGGACCGGGCGGGACCGGCCAGUACACCCACAAGGUCUACCAUAUUGGCAUGCACAUUCCCAGCUGGUUCCGCUCUAUCUUGCCCAAAGCGGCACUGAGGGUUGAAGAGGAGUCCUGGAACGCCUACCCUUACACCCGCACCAGAUACACUUGUCCCUUUGUGGAGAAGUUCUCUAUUGAUAUUGAGACAUACUACAAGCCCGACACUGGCAACCAGGCAGAUGUCUUCAACAUGUCAGCAGCAGAGAAAAGACAGAGGACUAUUGACCCAAUUGACAUAGUGACAGAUCCCAUCCCCACUCAUGAGUACAAAUCAGAGGAAGACCCGAGGCUUUACAAGUCAGCCAAGACCCAGAGGGGUCCUCUGUGGGACGACUGGAUAGAAGAGUACAACAAUAACCCAGGCAAGACCCCCAUCAUGUGUGCCUACAAGCUCUGUAAGGUGGAGUUCCGCUACUGGGGCAUGCAGUCAAAGAUUGAACGCUUUAUUCAUGAUGUUGGCUUAAGAAAGGUGAUGGUGCGUGCCCACCGGCAGGCCUGGUGCUGGCAGGAUGAGUGGUAUGGUCUGACCAUAGAAGACAUCAGGCAGCUGGAGCUGGAAACCCAGCUGGCCCUGGCUAGGAAGAUGGCUCAGUUUAGCCAGGCGGAGGAGGCCACCGAGGCCAACGGAGGCACACAGUCUCCAGACAAAGACCAGGAGGUUAAAGAGGCAAUCAGCUGUAUCGAAGCUGAAGCAGUCGUUCCCAGCUCAGGAGGAGAAACUCUGCAGCCACGAGGUAUACUUACCAAGCAGUGGUCCACCUCCUCCCGAUCCUCCCGAUCAUCCAAGAGAGGAGUGAGCCCGUCACGUCACAGCAUCUCCGAGUGGAGGAUGCAGAGCAUUGCACGAGACUCUGACGACAGCUCGGACGAGGAGUUCUUCGAUGCUCACGAGGAUCUCUCUGAUGGAGAGGAGGUCUUCCCGAAAGAGAUUGCCAAGUGGAACUCCAAUGACCUCAUGGACAAGAUCGAAGCUGCAGAAACGGAGGAAACUCCUGGUGAGCUGUUCAAGGAAAUGACUGUUGAUUAUGAAAGAGCAACCAGCGAGGAAAGAUUAGAUGAGAUGCGUGGCUGUCUUAGCGGCCAAGCCGAUAGCUCUCCCAUUCCCACCAUCACGGUAACAAGGCACCAGUCAGAGAGCUCUUCCCAGCAGUGUCUGCAGCCCUCCAAGAUCCAUGUGCUCAUCUUGGUCUUGCAUGGAGGGAACAUCCUGGACACAGGAGGAGGCGACCAGAACAGCAAGCAGGCCGACGUCAACACAAUCAGUACGGCUUUCGACACAGUCAUGCGUGUUCACUAUCCUGCGGCGCUGGGACGCAUCGCCAUCCGCUUGGUGCCCUGCCCUGCCAUCUGUGCUGAGGCCUUCUCCCUAGUGUCCAACCUGAGCCCUUACAGCUACGAUGAAGGUUGUCUGUCCAGCAGCCAGGACCACAUCCCGCUGGCAGCCCUGCCUCUCCUCGCCACCUCUUCUCCACAGUACCAGGAUGCUGUGGCCACCGUCAUCUUCCGAGCCAACCAGGUGUAUGCGGACUUCAUAAAAUCUCUGGACGGGGCUUCUUUCUCCGGCCAGGUUUGCCUCAUUGGGGACUGUGUGGGAGGAAUCUUGGGCUUUGAUGCUCUGUGCAGCAGUAAUCAAACAGUAAAUGAGAGCCAGAACAGCAGUCGCAGGGGCAGUGUCAUUAGCGUACAGGACCAGGAUCUUCUCUCUCCUGGCAUCAUUGUCAACAGCGGACACGGAUCGGCGUCUCCAACCUUGGAGGGCAGUCGCCACCUCAGUCGCAGCAACAUCGAUAUCCCACGUACCAGCGUGGGCGACGACACCAAGAGACAGCUGCCUCGGAAGAGAAGUGACUCUUCCACCUACGAGCUGGACACCAUAAAGCAGCACCAGGCUUUCCUGUCCAGCUUACAUUCCAGUGUCCUGCGGAACGACACAACCUCCCGAAGGUCGAGCAGUAGCACAAUGCUGGAUGGAGGCUCCCUGGGGAAAUUUGACUUCGAAGUGUCCGACUUUUUCCUCUUUGGCUCUCCACUUGGCUUGGUACUCGCCCUGAGAAAGACUGUGAUCCCCAUGUUAGAUGUGGCCCAGCUACGACCUGCCUGUCAGCAGGUUUAUAAUCUGUUCCACCCCGCUGAUCCUUCAGCCUCCCGCCUCGAACCUCUGCUGGAGCGGAAAUUUCACCUCCUCCCUCCGUUCAGCGUGCCCCGUUACCAACGCUUUCCCCUGGGAGAUGGAAACUCCGCCCUGCUGGUGGAGACAGUCCAGAGCAACGCUCAGCUGCUGCUUGACAGCGGGCCUCUCCUGUCCCUUCGCUGUCAGGAGACCAUCAGUGAGACCUGCAUCCCUGUACCUGUGCUAAACUGGCAGGAGGGCUCCCUCAAAGCCACACCCGCCACUAUGGAGUCGGAUGUUGUUCAGUCUCAUGGUGGUGUCUUCAUGGACAGUUCGUACCCCUCAUCCCCCGUAACGGGCCCCCUCUCCCGGGGCCAGCGGAGGGCCAGUGAGGUCAGCAUUGCCAGCCAGGUCUCAGGAAUGGCAGACAGUUACACUGCCACCAACAUAGCCAACACUGAAUCAAACCAGGUUAACCAAUCCAAAAAAUACAGUCUUUUGUCCCUACUCGCCCUAUCAUCACAAAACAAAUUCUUCCUGAAAACUCCUCCCACGUCCCGUAAGGAAACAAAGGCUUGCCAGGCCGCAGGAUCUUCUGAUGCAUAUGUAGCGGCAGAGCUGGACGAUGAGGCAGACUGUAGUGAACCUCUAAGUCCCACCGGCCAGUACGAGAACUACCGGGCAGGGCUGGACUUUGCUAUAUCUGAUCUGGUCUCACUGGACUCCCAGGCUGAAGUGGACCAAGUUGCAGCACGCUGGUGGGGCACAAAGCGGCUGGACUUUGCCCUGUACUGCCCCGAUGCCCUAACAGCUUUCCCCACAGUGGCUUUACCGCACCUGUUCCAUGCAUCAUACUGGGAGUCUACUGAUGUUGUGUCUUUUCUCCUGAGGCAGGUCAUGAGGCAUGAAAACUCAAGCAUUCUGGAGCUCGAUGGAAAAGAAGUGUCUGAAUUCACCCCCUCUAAACCUCGAGAAAAGUGGCUCCGCAAGAGGACUCACGUGAAGAUCAGGAAUGUGACCGCCAACCACAGAGUGAAUGACGCCGUCUUCACUGAAGAUGGCCAGCAGGUCUUGACAGGCCGCUUCAUGUACGGCCCUCUGGACAUGGUGACUUUGGCCGGGGAGAAGGUCGACCUCCACAUCAUGACCCAGCCACCAUCGGGAGAAUGGGUGUACUUCAACACCGAGGUGACCAACAGCAGCGGGCGCGUGUCUUUUGUCAUCCCAGAGGACAAGCGUCUGGGAAUCGGAGUGUACCCGGUUAAAAUGGUGGUCAGGGGUGACCACACGUUCGCUGACAGCUACCUGACAGUUGUUCCACGUAGCACGGAGUUCGUAGUGUUCAGCAUUGAUGGUUCAUUUGCUGCCAGCGUUUCGAUCAUGGGCAGUGAUCCCAAAGUGCGAGCUGGAGCUGUAGAUGUUGUCAGGCACUGGCAGGAUUUAGGCUAUCUGAUCAUCUACGUGACCGGACGGCCAGACAUGCAGAAGCAACGGGUAGUGGCCUGGUUGUCUCAGCACAACUUCCCUCAUGGCAUUGUCUCCUUUUGCGACGGCCUGGUCCACGACCCACUCAGGCACAAGGCUAACUUCCUCAAGUCUUUGACAGAGGCACACAUGAAGAUUUUUGCUGGCUAUGGAUCAACCAAAGACAUCUCAGUCUACACCUCCAUUGGCCUCCCUUCUUCUCAAAUAUACAUUGUUGGCAGACCUUCUAAGAAGAUGCAGCACCAGUGCCAGUUCAUCACAGAGGGAUACGCAGCUCAUCUGUCCCAGCUGGAGUACAACCAUCGCUCUCGGCCAGCCAAGACCACCAGUGCACGCAUGGUGCUACGCAAAGGCAGCUUUGGCUUGGGAGCAAACAGUGACUUCUUGAGGAAGAGGAACCAUCUGUUACGCACCAUCUCCUCUCAGCCAGCCCCCAGCUCUCCGACGGGCAGCAUCCACAACAGGCCGGAGCGCACGCAGAGCCAAUCAGACAGCGAGCGGCUGGAGCGGGAGCGGCUGGAGCGCGCUCACAGCCACGGCCAGGGAGGGGCCCAGCGCAGCAUGAGCAUCACGGCCAGCUGCUGGGGCCGCAGCAGCAGCACCAAGCUGGAGCCUGGAGUUUUCAGCUCAAAAUGAGACUGGAGACACGAUGCAGGGUUCGGGAGAGUGACUUACAAAUGCAGUGCUGAGGAAGAGACGCAAAGUGACGUGAAUAUAAACGCAAACAGUGGAAAGCAGUUGGCUUCUUGCACCAGAUAGGUAAAAUACCAUAAGGAAAAAAAUCAGGUGCUACAAAUCACUCUUUAUAAAAACUAACACCAGUCACAUUCAGCACAGAUAUUUAUGGGCAGAGCAUGAGGCAACAUUCAUGAUAACACAGACCAACAUUUCAAGAAGUGUUGCCCCAAUGCGGGAAAGUGCACACAACCAAAUAAAGCUAAUAUUGUAGGGA